CGAACAGAGCUGGUGGAGGGCUCGCCCGGUUUCUUCUAGUUUCUUGCUCCCGCUUUUACAAUAUCUUAUUGAUUUUACCAUCCACUUGCCAUGGACUUUGUCGGCCUUUUCUCCUCAGAGUGGGCGAGAGCUCUUUGUUUCUUGAAGGUGGUGUACCAGCGCUUUACCAACAUCACGAGGUCCGCAGACUACCUGUGUGUUCCCCGAAACCUCUUCUUCAAUCCGAUCGAUCAAUCGUAAUUUUUUCUCCGCCGAUCGUUCCCUACUUGCCACAGUUUCAAUUCUCGCGCGAAGCUGGUUUUUCAGCUUCAUAGCUUUCGGUGACGCGAGGUAUAUAUUUAUGUUAGUUUGUGAAGACGGAGAUUUAAGUUAGGAAUUUCUUUCUUUAGGAUUCUGGCAUCUGAGAAAGUUUGGAUUUUGUUACAUGGUCGGAGAUCGGAAGGAUAUUUUUUUUUUCUUGACACCUUUUAAGGAGCCUUCGGAGUUCAAAACAUCCUGUGGGGAUUUGGUGCUUGCAGCAUCGUAAGAUCAACGAAGAUGUAUGGAUCUUUUGUUUAUUUUGGGAAAAUAGUCAUAUAUAUCUUUGUAGUAGAAAUUAUUUUCUCUUUCUAAUAGUCAUAUCUUGCUGGGUAUCUGGAAAUCUUGAGCUGUGAAUUGACUUUGAGCAUUCUGAAACUGUUCAACUCGAGCCAUAGAAGCACUUUUCGUUUGAAAAAAAAUGUCUACAUCAAGACCCUCACAGUCCUCUUCUAGCUCCAGCAGAAGCAGGCACAGUGCUGCUCGAGCAAUGGCUCAGACCACCGUGGAUGCGAAGCUUGACUCUGCGUUUGAAGCCAUGGGCACGUCUUUUGACUACUCUCAGUCAGUAAGGGCUCCACCUGACGAAAGGAGAUCUGCGAAGGUGACUGCCUACUUGCAACACAUCCAAAGGGGCAAGCUAAUCCAACCAUUUGGUUGUUUGCUGGCUUUAGAUGAGAAAACCUUCAAGGUCGUAGCUUUCUCUGAGAAUGCCUCAGAGAUGCUCACUAUGGUCAGCCACGCAGUUCCCAGUGUUGGGGAUCACCAAACACUCGGCAUUGGAACAGAUGUGAAGAGCCUCUUUACUUCCCCUAGUACUGCAGCACUUCAGAAGGCGUUGGGCUUUCCAGAGGUUUCUCUGCUUAAUCCAAUUCUUGUCCACUGCAAGAGCUCUGGUAGACCAUUUUAUGCUAUUGUUCAUAGGGUCACUGGUUGUUUGAUUGUAGAUUUUGAGCCUGUGAAGCCUAGUGAUGUGCCCAUGACUGCUGCUGGGGCUUUACAGUCUUACAAACUUGCUGCGAAGGCCAUCUCUAGGCUUCAGUCAUUGCGUGGUGGGAGCAUGAAGAAUCUUUGUAAAGCUGUUGUUGAAGAGGUGUUUGAGCUGACAGGGUAUGAUAGGGUCAUGGCUUACAAGUUUCAUGAAGAUGAUCAUGGGGAGGUUUUUGCUGAAAUUAUAAAACCAGGCAUGGAACCAUAUCUUGGCCUGCAUUAUCCCGCUACUGAUAUACCUCAGGCUGCAAGGUUUCUUUUUAUGAAGAACAAAGUUCGAAUGAUCUGUGACUGCCGAGCAAAGCAUGUAAGGAUUUAUCAAGAUGAGAGUCUUCCUUUUGAUAUCAGUUUCUGUGGCAGUACACUUAGGGCACCACACAGUUGCCAUUUACAAUAUAUGGAAAAUAUGAAUUCAAUUGCUUCUCUGGUCAUGGCUGUGAUAGUGAAUGGAAAAGAUGAUGAUGGUGAUGAGGCUGAACAGAAUCAGCAGGAGCAGAAAAGUAAGAAGCUCUGGGGACUGGUGGUCUGCCAUAAUGAGACUCCGAGGUUUGUUCCAUUCCCAUUAAGAUAUGCCUGUGAAUUCUUGAUGCAAGUUUUUGCUAUACAUGUGAACAAAGAAUUUGAGUUGGAAAGCCAGAUUAGGCAGAAGAAUAUUCUGAGAACCCAGACAAUGUUGUGUGAUAUGCUGCUACGGGAUUCUGUCCCUCUGGGAAUCAUAACUCAAACUCCUAACAUUAUGGAUUUGGUUAAGUGUGAUGGUGCUGCGCUUGUUUACCAAAACAAAGUUUGGCGACUUGGGGUUACUCCAACUGAGUCUCAGAUUUUUGACCUUGCUAACUGGCUUUGUAAUUGUCACACAGAUUACACAGGGUUAAGUACAGACAGCCUGCAUGAAGCUGGUUAUCCUGGUGCCUUUUCUCUUUGUGACGUAAUUUGUGGAAUGGCUGCUGCCAGAAUUACUUCUAAGGACAUGCUUUUCUGGUUUCGGUCCCCAGCGGCUACUGAAAUUAGAUGGGGAGGUGAAAAGCAUGACCCGUCUGAUAAGGAUGAUGGUAGUAGAAUGCAUCCAAGAUCCUCCUUCAAGGCUUUUCUUGAUGUUGUUAAGAUGAGGAGCUUUCCAUGGAGUGACCAUGAGAUGGAUGCUAUUCAUUCCUUGCAGCUUAUACUUCGAGGGACAAUCAAUGGUACUGAUAAUUCAAUGAAGAAGGCUACGAUUGAUUCUAAGAUGACUGAGCUCAAACUUGAAGGAAUGAUGGAGUUGCGAGUAGUUACAAAUGAGAUGGUUCGUUUGAUUGAGACAGCCACGGUGCCAAUUUUGGCAGUUGAUGUUGAUGGUCUCAUAAAUGGAUGGAAUAUGAAAAUUGCUGAAUUAACUGGCCUUUCUGUUGAUGAAGCCAUGGGAAAACAUCUGCUCACCCUUGUUGACGAUUCUUCUGUGGAUGGAGUCAAGAAGAUGCUUUUCUUAGCACUACAGGGAAAAGAGGUUCAAAAUAUUGAAUUUCAAGUUAAAACUUUUGGUAUUCGAAGAGAUGAUGGCCCAGUCAUUCUGGUGGUGAAUGCAUGUGCCAGCAGGAACAUCCAUGAUAAUGUGGUCGGAGUAUGCUUUGUAGCUCAAGAUAUUACCAGUCAUAAGAUGAUAAUGGAUAAGUUUACACGGAUAGAAGGAGACUACAAAGCCAUCGUGCAGAACCCCAGCCCAAUUAUCCCCCCUAUCUUCGGUGCAGAUGAGUUUGGUUGGUGUUCUGAGUGGAAUCUAGCCAUGGCUAAGCUUUCAGGAUGGAAUAGAGAUGAACUAAUUGGCAAAAUGCUUUUGGGAGAGGUGUUUGGGAUUAAUAUGGCUUGUUGCCGUAUAAAGAACCAAGAUUCAUUUGUUAAUCUCAGCAUUCUAAUAAAUAAUGCCAUCAGUUGUCAUGAGAUGGAGAAGCGUUCCUUCAGUUUCAUCAGCCGCAGUGGUAGAUCUGUGGAGUGUUUGCUCUCAGUCAGCAAAAAAGUUGAUGGGGAAGGUAACAUAACUGGAGUAGUUUGCUUUCUACAUUCAAAUAGCCAUGAGCUCCAGCAAGUUAUACAAGUUCAGCAGUUGACACAACAAACCACAAUGAAGAAGUUAAAGGCUUUAUCAUAUAUUAGGAGUGAAAUUAGAAACCCUCUCUCCGGGAUUAUGUAUUCACAAAAAAUACUGGAGGGGACUGAGUUGGAUGAAGAACAAAGGCUACUUCUGAACACCGGAGCAAAAUGUCACUAUCAGUUGAAUAGGAUCCUCAAUGAUCUAGACCUAGAGAACAUAAUGGACAGCUGUUUGGAGUUGGAAAUGGAUGAAUUUACUUUAAAAGAUGUGGUGGUUACUGCUGUUAGCCAAGUAAUACUUUCAAGUAAAGAAAAGGGAAUAAGUGUUGACUAUGACAUACCUGAUAACUUAAUAAGCGAACAUGUCUAUGGAGACAGUCUAAGGCUUCAACAAAUCCUUGCUGAUUUCUUACUGGUCUGUGUGAAGCAUUGUCCAGGUGGGGGACAAGUGGAGAUAUCUGCUGGGCUGACGAAGGAUAAGUUGGGUGAAUCUCUUCAGCUGAUAAACUUGGAAAUAAGGAUAACACAUACAGGAUUUGGAGUGCCAGAAGAUUUACUUUCCCAGAUGUUUGGAGGGAAGGAAGACCUCUCAGAAGAGGGUAUGAGUCUGCUGGUUUGCAGAAAGCUCCUUAAGCUCAUGAAUGGAGAUGCACGUUACCUUAGAGAAGCAAACAAGUCUGCCUUCAUCCUUUCAGCAGAGCUGGCUUGUGCCUCUAAAAUUAGAGCUAGUAGGGAUAAAUAGGCUUGAAGACUCUUCUGCUGAUGUAAAAAACUUGCAACUCCUCUGUAGUGUGACUUGCUUUUCCUUUUUUUUUUUUUUGAACUCCAGUCUAGUCUUUACAACUGAUGAUUGGAGUGGAAGGAACAAAAUGGUGUUAAAUAAAUGUGCAGUUUAGUUUUGAGUAAA